CUCCUCUCUCUAUAAGUUGCCCACCAGAAUUCAUCUUUCUAUCACUUUCUCCACCUUUUGCCUUCUCUCUCUCCCUCCCUUCUACCUCCUCCCCUGUUUUUGCUCUGUUUUCCACUGUUUCCAUCCCUUUCAAGUUGUCUGAACCAUGGAUGCCCUUGAAGCCAAAACUAAGCCAAACCCAACUCUCAACACAUCCACAUCUUCAUUGAAAACCCAAAUUUGCUUGAAAUUUUUGGCAAUUGUGUCUUCAUUAUCUGCUUUAUGUAUCAUCUUCACUAGCAAGCAAACUAUCAUGCUUUAUGGCUUGCAGAUUGAUGCUAAAUACAGUGACGACUCUAGUUUCAAGUUUUUGGCUGCUGCAAAUGUGAUUGUAUGUGUCUUCUCUGUGGUAUCUCUGGUUGUCGCUGUUGUACUUGCUCGUGAAUGCUCGGACUCAAACAUCUACUUCUACAUGUUCUUGCAUGAUCUGGUAAAGUUCUUGAUCUUGAGCCCACUCUGGUCCGAUAAUUUUUUAAUAUAUGUGAAAUGAAU